CCGACAUACACGUGUGGGUAUAUAUACUCUCUCGUAUUAUAUACGUCGGUCCUGGUUAACGAUAAACAUGAUCAGCUUUGGUGUGUACUUUUUUCCGUGAUUUUUACUGCAUUAAAUAUUAUUUUUAUAUUCAUGCGAAUAACGUUUUAUUUGACAACAACAAUCGUUAUUUUACGUUGUUUCGGGUGCACCAGCACCGAUGGACCUGCACACGGCGUGUACACUGAAUCACCCAAAGGUGAUUGACAUGCUGACGCUAAGCAACAAUUUAAAUAUUUCCAAUAAAAAAGGAUGGACUUGCCUGAUGUAUGCCUGCUAUUAUGGAAACGAAAACCUUGUUGAUCGCAUAGUAGAUCUAGAUCCAAAAACAUUAUUCGCGACCAACAAUGAUAGACAAACACCUUUAAUGAUUGCCACGAUGUCCGGUAACGUGUCAAUAGUGAAGAAAACAUUUCAUGUUGACAUUUUGGAGAUGCCUGAUAAACUAGGCAGAUCAGCAAUGUUUUAUGCGGUAUUAUACAAUCAAGAAGAAAUAUUGGAGUAUUUUAUUGAAAAACAAGCCAAUUGUAAUGUAAUAGAUAACUUCGGUAAGACUAUGACUAUGACAGCUAUCUCUAAAGGAUUUCAGAGAGUAAUGAAAUUGUUGUACAAAUAUGAAAAUAGACACGAAAAAAACGUGUUGAAUACUACGUGGUCAGAAAAAUUAGAAAUGACCAGAAACAAUCAUCAAAACGACGAGCAUUUAGAUUAUCACGUGGAAAAACUACUAAGACAAUUGUCGUUAGAAAAAUAUUGGCCGGUGUUCGACCAAAGAAACAUCCGGUAUAAUGAUUUCUUGAAGUUAUCUGAGCAAGACUUAAAAGAUAUCGGUAUAAAUUUAUUUGGUCCAAGGAGAAAAUUAAUAAUGACUAUUGACAAAUUAAAUGAAUUAAGGACAUCACAAGAACACUCGAGGAGUUGAAAAUUAUACAUUAUUAUACUUUUUUUUUUAUUUCUUUUUAACUUUUAUUGAAUUGA